GCCAAUGGUAUCACACUCUCCUGUCUCCUCUCCAAGACAACUUCAAUAAUCCUCAUCAAAAAAUGAAAUUCAUUAUUCUGUUCGCCUUUUUGGCCGUGGCUUUGGCCGCACCCCAGCGUCGCCCCCAGAGUACUUUGACUGCCCCACGCCGUCCUCAAGCUUCACCCCAAGCGCAGCGUCCAGGAAUCAAAACUCCGGAGGGAGAACCCAUUGCCAUUAUCUCAUCCAACAGCGAAAUGAACGCCGAUGGCAGCUACUCUUUCGAUUUCGAGUCUGCUGAUGGCACCAGAGUCCAGGAGAGCGGAAACCAAAAGAAAGUCGGACCUAAACCCGAGGAUAUUGGCACCGUUUCCAGGGGCUCUUACUCUUACACUUCUCCGGAUGGCGUUGUCCUCUCCAUCAACUGGACCGCCGAUGAAAAUGGAUUCCAGGCCGCUGGCGAUCACCUGCCCACUCCUCCCCCGAUGCCCGAACACGUCGUCAAGAUGCUCGCAGACUUGAGAGCUCGCGGACUCCUGUAAACUACUCUGCCCAUCAUCAUCCCCGUUCCCAGUGAAAUCCCAUUCUCUUUUUGUAAAGGAAUAAUUUCAAUCGUUACCUGAAUACUUUUUCUUCGAUGUAAAAAAUUUCAGACUUGAAGUUCAUUUGAAUAAUUCUGCAAUCAAGACUCAAGAGUCAAUUAAGUUCUUAAUUUCAAUGAUCACUAGAUAAAAUGUCUUCUUAUCAAUUACAAGACAAAAUAACAAAUUC